AUGGGCGGACCCAAUCCAUCACUUGAGGAUCUGCUGCAGAGCCUGAAGAUUAAGGGCGAUGAUCUGGGGGGCAUUUUCGUCCCCAAGGCGGAGGUCGAGGCUCUGAAAGAAGACUCGAAGUGGAUGGCGGUGCUGAAGGUGCUGACAACGAAAACUUUCAGCGCAGCUUCUCUGAAGCAAACGUUGCGUUUUGCAUGGGCUCCGGCGCAGGAGAUCACCUUUCGCGAUCUGGAGAACAGCAGCUUUAUUGUUCAGGCCAAGUGUCUUAGAGACUGGCAAAGGAUUACCGAUCAUGGUCCCUGGCUGUUCAGAGAGCAGGGGGUCCUCAUUGAGAAAUACGACGGCUGCUGCAAAGCAAUGUCGGUGGAGCUGAACAUGAUUCAUGCCUGGGUACAAAUUCACGAUGUGCCUGAACUAUUCCGUAAGAAGCACAUUAUGACUGACCUGGCGGCAAAGGUUGGUCAGCUUUUGGCGGUGGAUAUGACGGGAGGAGAAUUUGCCUGGGCUCGUGUGUGGCUGGACGUAAGGAAGCCCCUUACUCGCUUCGUGACAACUAGGCCGAAAGAGGAGUCUCCGGUGUUCAUGAGGGUGAAGUAUGAGAAGAUUCCCAAGUACUGUGCGGUAUGUGGCUUCCUGGGCCAUGUGAAGGAAGAGUGUGGCUCUGGGGAACACCCACUGGAGGCCGAGGGUUUUAGCACUUGGCUGCUAGCCGAUACGCUGUGGAACCGAGGAAAGCUACAGAGUGCGGGGGAGGGUUUGAAUAAGCCUGCGCGACGUGAUGAUCGCUCGGUGCCAGGAGCGGGUGGCCGUGAUGGUCGCUCGGCUCGUGGCGAGGGGGGUAGAGGUCGUGGACGUGGGAGCGGCCGUGGCCGGUCUGAAGCUCUGCAGGGCAUGGACAACCGAAAGCGCAACUCGGCCGAAGCAAAGUUAUCUGAAGUGAGCCCUGUCAAGGACGCCAACACAUCGGCGGCUCCGUUGAUGUUGGAAUGGAAAUCUGCAUCCGAGGUCGGUGUUGCAGGAGAGAAGGGGGCUAGAAAGCAACUAGAGUUUGAAGUCCAAGAGGCGGAGAAGGUCUAUACGCCCCUUGUGGGCACCCCACCACCCCCGCCGUCUGCGCGGGAAAAGAAGUGUUCUAAGAAGCAUACUCAGGCAAAGCAGAACCUGGACUCUACUGUAAUGGCGGGCUCCGCUGUGGAGCACCGCCCGAUCCAAUGA